GCACACUUUGAGUUGAGCGUUUUGCGCCUCACACCAACCAGUAGUGCUCUCGCCUCCACAGUUGAUUGCGCGUGGCAUGCCCAACAUCUGCGCAGGCGGAGGUUUAGCGCUCAUCCACAGGGAAGCUCGCGUCUUUCUUUGAGCAGGAAAGCAAGAGGAGAAGACACUCAGAGUUGCGGGGUUUAAACUGAAAGCACCCCGACUCUUUGCCUCACUAAACAGCACACACGGAAGGCUUUGGAGUAUUCCAUUUUUUCUUUCCUUUUAUAUUUUUCCUCUUCCUCAUAGCGGUGCUGGGAGGUGCUUCUUCUUUUCACAUAGUCUCUCUGUCCAUUAUCUGCCUCCUCAACUGUUUCUCCAUCUACCUGGUGUACGAUUUUCUCUCUUUCUGACCGACCAGAGUGGACUUUUCUUGGCAUCACCCUCAUUUCUUUUCCUCCUUGAGCCUCUUUUGUCAUUCCAUCUCUUUCUCUGCAUGUAAUCUUUUACCAUUUUGGAUCAGUCUUACUGCUACAAAUAUCAAUUCCAUGAAUGACUUACUCCCCUUUUUUUCUUCUCUUUUGGGGUCCACUUCCACACCCAUUUACUUUGCACCACACUCUUGCGGGAUUCUUAGAUGUUACUCUAGACUAAAGAAGACGAGAGCGAAGAUUGAGCCGAUAAAGUGAUCAAGACGACUGGUUAGAAACCCAAGUCAACGGGCGCAUAGAAAGUCCAUGAAGGAAAGAAGAGGAGUAUAUAUAAAUACAUACGGUACACCGCUUCUCAUUUCCUUCUCGUCUCCACGGCAACCGUGCUUUGCACAGACUUCUGGGAGGAGACCUGGCUGAGCCGUCGCCAGCGUUGGAGCGGGCGGGAGCAGAAAAAAAAAUGCCCAUGAAACACCACACCUUCAUGAUGUUCCAUCACCCUCGGCCCACAGCUUUUACUUUCUCGUAAUUCUCAUAUUAAACCUGGUGGUGAACAAGUUAAAAUUCCCGCCAGUUUGGGGUUGACUUUUUCUGUGAGCAUUCCAAAGUCACUUAUCAUUGAAUUGCAUCUGCAAAACCAUCUCACACUGGACACUCCCUGAAAUCUUACACGCGGCCUGAGCGGUCCUCAGACAGAGAAAACUCUGACCUCAGAGCCCCCAAACGCCCUCAGACUUCCCGUGUGUGACUUCCUGUGCCCACCUACCCUUCAUCCGAGGCUAUGAGAGGAGGAGUCGAAUCCCAGCUCACUCCAUCAUGCCAGUUGUGAAGAGCAAUGUGGAGAUCCGGGCUGGCAAUGUUCAAGGCAAAUCCCUGAGAUAUCAGCGCCAUGUGGUGUCGGUGAACUUGACAACAAAGUAGCAGCAAUCCUGCUCAUCUUUUUGCAGAAACAUUCCACUUUGACAAUUGAUCCAUAGGGGACGGCAUUUACACUCCUCCACAAUGCUUGUCAGCCUCCCCCCAUCUCCCACCUGUCCUCGGGGAACACACCUCUCCUCUGCCUCCUGCCCCCAUCGUCCUCCCGCUACACCCCUAAAACAGACAUUAUGUCGGUCAAAUGCUCGGCCACAGCUGCUCAUUCUCUUCCUCAUCUUCUUCGCGCUCCUGCAGCCCAUCGGCGGGGCUCGUGGCAGGGGUGGAGGUCCAGGUUCAGGACCAGGAGGCGCCCCAGGAGGGCAAGGUGUCCAGAGGGGAGGCAGCACUCAGCGCGGCGUUGUCAUUCCCCCUCAGUACUCUCCCGGGCCACAGGCCCUACCCCCAAUCAACCCCAAACUCAUCAGCUCCCUCAGCAUCGCCGUCAUUUUGGUCGGGAACUCUAGUGAAGUGUCCCUGGGGGCGGGACUUGAGAAAGAGGACUUCCUGCACAUCCCUUACCCUCCAAAGGUGGAGGUGGUCACCAUGAAUGAGACCGAUCCAAAGAGCAUCAUCAAUCGGAUCUGUACACAAAUGUCGAGGAACUCUUUGCAAGGCGUUGUUUUUGGCGACGACACGGACCAGGAGGCCAUCGCUCAGAUCCUGGACUUCAUCUCCGCCCAGACUCACAUUCCCAUUUUGGGCAUCCGCGGAGGCUCCUCCAUGGUCAUGGCAGCCAAGGACGACAACUCCAUGUUUUUCCAGUUCGGCCCGUCCAUCGAACAGCAGGCCUCGGUCAUGUUGAAUAUCAUGGAGGAGUAUGACUGGUACAUCUUCUCCAUAGUGACCACAUAUUACCCGGGCUACCAGGACUUUGUCAAUAAGGUUCGCAGCACCAUCGACAAUAGCUUUGUGGGCUGGGAGCUGGAGGAAGUCCUCCUGUUGGAUAUGUCAGUGGACGACGGUGAUUCCAAAAUCCAGAACCAGCUGAAGAAACUGCAGAGUCCGGUUAUCCUGCUUUACUGCACAAAGGAGGAGGCCAGUACCAUCUUCGAGGUGGCUCAUUCUGUGGGGCUCACUGGUUACGGCUUCACGUGGAUCGUCCCCUCGUUGGUGGCGGGAGACGCAGACCACGUGCCCUCUGUUUUCCCCACAGGGCUGAUCUCGGUGUCAUAUGAUGAGUGGGAUUACAACAUUGAAGCCAGGGUGCGCGAUGCAGUCGCCGUCAUUGCCACGGCGACAUCCACCAUGAUACUGGAUCGCGGGCCUCACACCCUCAUUAAAUCCAGCUGCUUUGGGACCCCCGACAAGAAGAACAUCAACACUGGCCACUCCAAGGAAAUACUCAGGUACAUCAUGAAUGUGACGUUUGAAGGGCGGAACCUGUCGUUCAGCGAGGAGGGCCACCAGAUUUUUCCCAAACUGGUCAUCAUCCUGCUUGACAAGGACAGACAGUGGGACAGGGUGGGAAAGUGGGAGAAGGGCUCUCUGGCCAUGAAGUACCACGUAUGGCCUCGCUUUGAGCUCUACUCGGCGGCGGAGGAGCACGAGGACCACCUGUCCAUCGUCACGCUGGAGGAGGCGCCUUUUGUCAUCGUGGAGGACGUGGACCCGCUGAGUGGCACCUGCAUGAGGAACACCGUGCCUUGUCGUAAACAGCUCAAACUCAGCAACCAAACGGGCGAUUCUGGCAUCUACAUCAAGCGCUGCUGCAAAGGAUUUUGCAUCGACAUCCUGAAGAAGAUCGCCAAGGCGGUUAAGUUCACCUAUGACCUCUACCUGGUCACUAACGGUAAACACGGCAAGAAGGUGAACGGGACGUGGAAUGGAAUGGUUGGAGAGGUGGUGCUUAAGAACGCUCACAUGGCGGUGGGCUCGCUCACCAUCAACGAGGAGCGGUCCGAGGUCAUCGACUUCUCCGUGCCCUUCAUCGAGACGGGAAUUAGUGUCAUGGUUUCCCGUAGCAACGGGACCGUGUCACCCUCUGCCUUCCUUGAGCCCUUCAGUGCUGACGUGUGGGUGAUGAUGUUUGUGAUGCUGCUGAUCGUGUCCGCCGUUGCCGUGUUUGUGUUUGAGUACUUCAGCCCGGUGGGUUACAAUCGCUGCCUGGCAGACGGCAGAGAACCCGGCGGUCCAUCCUUCACCAUCGGAAAGGCCAUCUGGCUGCUUUGGGGUCUGGUGUUCAACAACUCUGUUCCAGUGCAGAAUCCCAAAGGCACCACCAGUAAGAUCAUGGUGUCAGUGUGGGCCUUUUUCGCUGUCAUCUUCCUGGCUUCCUACACUGCCAACCUGGCAGCCUUCAUGAUCCAGGAGGAGUAUGUGGACCAGGUGUCGGGCCUGUCAGACAAAAAGUUCCAGAAGCCUAACGAGUUCUCGCCGCCGUUCCGCUUUGGCACCGUGCCCAACGGGAGCACAGAGCGCAACAUCCGCAACAACUACCGGGACAUGCACACCUACAUGACCAGCUUCCACCAGAAAAAUGUGGACGAGGCCCUGUACAGUCUCAAGACUGGUAAACUGGACGCCUUCAUCUAUGACGCCGCAGUGCUUAACUACAUGGCGGGAAGGGAUGAGGGCUGCAAGCUGGUCACCAUUGGCAGCGGCAAGGUGUUUGCCUCCACCGGAUACGGCAUCGCCAUCCAGAAAGACUCGGGUUGGAAACGGGCUGUGGACCUCGCCAUCCUCAUGCUGUUUGGAGAUGGUGAGAUGGAGGAGUUCGAGGCAUUAUGGCUGACAGGUAUCUGCCACAAUGAGAAGAACGAGGUUAUGAGCAGUCAGCUGGAUGUGGACAACAUGGCGGGAGUCUUCUACAUGCUCGGGGCCGCCAUGGUUCUGUCACUCAUCACCUUCAUCUGUGAACAUUUGUUCUACUGGCAGCUGCGCUUCUGCUUCAUGGGCGUGUGUUCCGGAAAGCCCGGGGUCACCUUCUCGAUUAGCAGGGGUAUCUACAGCUGCAUACACGGAGUACAAAUUGAGGAAAACAAAUCAACCAUAGACUCACCUUCAUCAUCCAUCAAGAAGAACAUGAACAAUACCCACUCGAACAUCUUGAGGUUGCUCCGCACUGCCAAAGACAUGACUGCGGUGCCGGGCAUUAAUGGCUCUCCGCACGCGGCCCUGGAGUACAACCAUGGUGGCCGUGAAUCGGCCAUCUAUGACGUUCAGGAGCACCGCCGCAGCAUCGUAGGGCACCCUGCGGACUGCAAGGCCGCACCACCCUACAUGCAAGAGGACAACAGGUUCACUGACUACAUCAGCGAGGUGGAGAGGACUUUUGGGAAUUUGCCCCUGAAGGACAACAACUUGUACCAGGACCAUUACCGGCACCACCACCCAGUCUCAGCUUUGGGUAUGUCGGGCCCCCCACCUAAUAGGCCGCGUAGCUUAGGCAGUGCUAGCUCAUUGGAAGGGGGCAUGUUCGAUUGCGAAAGUUUAGGGGGAGGAGUCGCACCCAUCUUCACCACCCAGCCCCGCCCCUCCAUGACUCACAGGAAUACCAAUAAGUUUGACCUGAUUGCAGGUCACCCCCCCGCGGAUUCCAAUCAAGUUGGGUUCAAGGGAAGCAAUGUGUACGGGAGGUUUUCGUUCAAAGGAGGUGCAUCCAGUACGGGGCUCAUCGGGGGUCACGAGAGGUACUGCGGUGGAGGUGGGGGUGGGGGAGGCUCGGGGGGUGACGAUGCAAACAUCCGCUCGGACGUGUCGGAUAUCUCCACUCACACGGUCACCUAUGGCAACCUGGAGGGCAACGCCAAGCGGCAUAAGCAGUACAGGGACAGCCUGAAAAAGAGGCCAGCCUCUGCCAAGUGCAGGCGGGAGCAAGACGAGAUAGAGCUGAGCGGCUUCCGAAGGAGACCCCACCACCACACCGUCCACCACCACUUCCCUCACGGGCCACUGGCGCACCGCACCAUCUCACCUCCCCUGGAGCGGAAGCGAGGAGGGGGUAACGCUUCACCUUACUUAUUCCGCAAAGACAAAGAGAACUUGAGGGAAUUCUAUGCGGAACAAUUCCGCUCUAAGGAGGGCAAGUGGGAGCAAGAGGGUGGAAGUGGAGGAAGUGGUGUGGGCGUCGGUAGCGGUGGUGGUAUCUGUCAAAGCUUAGUUCCUGUGGAGGACUUUCUCAAAAGUAAAUGCAAGAAGCAGGAGUUGAAAGGUGGGCUUGGCUCAGUGUCGGCUGGCCAGCAUGCCCACACCUGCUGGGAGAAGGGCGUUUCCGGACUGGGAGGAGGUGGCAUAGCUGGUGGUGACUGGGAGUGUCGCAACUGCCACAGUGUGUGUCACCACAGCGGAGCGGCGGGGAGCUCCUGCCCAGCUAGUGGAAUCGGGGCGAGCAGCGUUCGCCCCAGCUCCGCGAGCUGCAAGCGCUGCGACUCCUGUAAGAUUCAGCCGAGCAACCUCUACAACAUCAGCGAGGAUAACAAUGUCGCGUUUGCCGCAGGGAAAAGCAACGUGGGCCAAACACCGACUCAGAGCAGGAAGCUUGGGCCGGGUGGGCGGGUCUUACGGAGGCAGCAUUCUUAUGACACAUUUGUAGACCUGCAGAGGGAGGGGUCAGGUCGUAUGGGCGGGGCUGGCGGGGGCGUUGGCGGCCAGUUUGCCCAGCCCCGCAGCGUGAGUCUGAAAGACAAAGACCGCUACAUGGAGGGCCCCAGCCCGUACGCUCAGAUGUUUGAGAGGUACGCAGGGGAAAGAGAGUCUCCCAUGUUUGGAGGAAUAGGCGGAGACAGGGCGCAAGGAGGCUCCUCCUUUAGUUUGUUUCGCGGAGGCGAAGGUGGGUUGCACCGGCGGUCCGUGGGGGAGCGAGACCUAAGGGACAGGGACAGGGCUAUGAUGGGCGGUGGGAGUGGUAGUGGUGGUGGCAGAGGCGCCGGGACUUACUCCUUGUCUAAAUCUCUCUACCCAGAUAAGGUGAACCAGAACCCCUUCGUCCCAACCUUCGGCGAUGACCAGUGUCUUUUACACGGUGCCAAACCGUACUACAUCAAAAAGCCACAGACGCAGCAACAGCAGCAGCAACUACUCAACAACAGCCGAGGAGGAGGGGACUUCCGGGGCUCCAUGGGGGCGACUUCUUAUUUGCCUGCGUCGGCCACGGCUGGGGUGAUGUCCAAUGUAGCCCCCAGGUUCCCCAAAGAUCUGUGUAUGGGCGGGGCGGGCGGCCCCAUGAGCAACCACCUCGGGGUCAACAAGCUCAUGCCCGGCAGUCGGGACACGUUAGGUUUGGGGCAACGACCCUUCAAUGGUGCAAGCAAUGGACACGUUUAUGAAAAGCUCUCCAGCAUAGAGUCGGACGUCUGAGGGGGAGAAGAGAAGCAACAAAGUGGGCGAAGACAAAUAAGGAAAACGGAGAACAACAACAACAACAACAA